UUCAAAUCUAACCAAAGAUCAUACUUCUAGUCUUGAGCUGGUGUUUGCAAUGGAUUUCCAGCUCCAGAUUCUAAGUAUAAAUAUAAUCGUAACUGGAAUAUUUUCCAUACUUCUUGUUUCCUCCAUAAUCAAAAGGUUGUCUCCUGCUACUAAGACCGAAAGAGCACCCGAAGCUGCUGGUGCAUGGCCUCUAAUUGGUCACUUGCACCUGCUAGGCGGAUCUCAGCCCCAGCUGCCACACAUCACUUUGGGAUCCUUAGCAGAAAAAUAUGGACCAGCCUUCUCCAUACGCAUUGGGGUACGUUCGGCUUUGGUAAUCAGUAGUUGGGAGGUGGCGAAGGAAUGUUUCACCACCAACGAUGUGGCCUUAUGUUCUCGCCCCAGAAUUGUUGCUGCAAAACACUUGAGCUAUGACUAUGCCCUUUUCGGACUCAGCCCCUAUGGGUCUUACUGGCGUGAAAUCCGCAGGUUAACGUCCAUGGAGAUUCUCUCUAACCGCCGACUUGAGCUGCUUAAGGAUGUUCGAGCCUCAGAGAUGGAGACUUCCUUGAAAGAGUUGUACAAGCUCUGGACCAAGAGGAAAGAUGGGUCCGAUCAUGUCCUAGUGGAGAUGAAGCAAUGGUUUGGGGACUUUUCUCUCAACAUGAUUCUUAGAAAGGUAGUUGGAAAGCGCUGCUCUAGUACGACUAUUGCAAGUGACGAGCACGCACGACGGUGUCAAAAGGUGUUCAGGGAAUUCUUUCACUUUCUCGGGCUUUUCGUUGUGGGGGAUGCUAUUCCUUAUCUUGGGUGGUUGGAUUUGGGCGGGCACGAGAAGGCCAUGAAGAGAACAGCGAAAGAUAUGGACUUUAUCGUAACGGAGUGGUUGGAGGAGCACCAGAAGAAGAGAGCUUCAGGUGAGGCCAAAGAUCAGCAGCAGGAUUUCAUGGACGUGAUGCUUUCAGUCCUUGAUAGUACUGCAGAUCACCUUGUUGGCUUUGAUGCCGACACUGUGAACAAAGCCACAUGUUUGGCCAUGAUAGUAGGAGGAGCAGACACAACCAUGGUUUCUCUGACAUGGGCAGUCGCCCUACUGUUGAACAAUCACCAUGCUUUAAGAAAAGCCCAGGAGGAAAUGGAAGUCCAUGUGGGAAAGGGAAGACUAGUCACAGAAAAAGAUAUCAGUAAGUUGUCAUAUCUCCAAGCCAUUGUUAAAGAGGUAUUACGGCUAUACCCACCUGGACCUACGACAGCGAGAGAAGCCAUAGAAGACUGCACCAUAGGUGGCUAUCACGUUCAGAAAGGCAGCCUUAUAAUAGUGAAUAUGUGGAAGAUCCAGACCGACCCUAGAGUAUGGUCUGAUCCAUUAGAGUUCAAGCCAGAGAGAUUUCUCACAACCCACAAGGAGGUUGAUGUCAGGGGUCAGAACUUUGAGCUCCUCCCCUUCGGUAGCGGUAGAAGAGGGUGCCCUGGCAUAUCUUUAGCCCUAAAAAUGUUGUCCUUAUGUCUUGCUAAUCUGAUACAUGCCUUUGAAAUUUCAAACCCAUCGAACUUGCCGGUAGAUAUGACUGGAAGCGCUGGACUAACAAACAUCAAAUCUACUCCACUUGAUGUUGUCAUCAAGCCUCGCUUGCCAUCAAACCUCUACGAAUAAGAAAUAUUUCAUUUGCAAGAGUACUAGUAUUUGUUGAUAUAUCAAAUAAAUGUGAAAGUUUGUCACAUUAGUACUCACUAAGAAAAAAUAUUUGUACUCGAUUUUUUAUGAUCAAUGUGGUCUGACAGUAAGUAAUGUGCGUGUCUACACUUCGAAUUGUAAGCAGCAAAACUCUAUGAAUAAAGGUCUAUAGGUCCAGAG